UUGAAGUAAUCAUGAAUUCAGCAAAGAUGAAUCAUGAAUUCAGAAGGAUGAAACUUGUCAUAAAAAGUUAAAAAUUAGGCAUUUCGUGACAAUUUUCUGAUUUUAGUUCUGGUGUUAGGUAUGUGUAUAAGGUUUUAAAAAACCACCGCAAACGAUAUGGGUGCGCCCCCUAGUGGUUUGUUUGCCCAGAAUCCAAAAUUCAACAGGUCCCUUUGUGACGACAUUUGUGCAACCUUGUCGGCAAGGGUGGAACAACUCUGUUUUGUUGUCAUUGUGCCUCAGGAAGUUAUGCCAGUUAGAUAGCAUGGUGUUCUUAUUUAUUACCUUGUGUCUUCCCCCCUCGCCACGUUUAGACAUGGUCUCAGCUUUAAGGCUUGAUGGGUUUUUCACAUCAAAGACCAGAUGUGUCAUUGUGUACUUGCUGGAGUACAUGUAGAUCACAGGUAGGAAGUCGAGAACUGCAUAGUCCUCAAAAGUCUUGGAUCUUUUUGGUGGCAGGGCGUGGUCCAAAGCUGACCCAUCUACAAUGAGAACGUCUGCCUCAGGCUCCUUGUCAACUGGUGGGACAUAAUUCUCAAGGAUAGGGGUCAGCUGAGACUUCUGGCAAGUGUACAAUUUUCCACCCUUGCUCAAUGCAACAGGGAAGGACUGGUUCUCAUGCUGAAAGAACUCCUGGAGGUCAUGCUGAGUUACACAGCAGUGAUAUCACCAGUGUGCCCUGGUUGUGUGCCGAUAUUCACUGUACAUCUGCAAGCUUGUACUGUAUAAACAUGUAAAUUCUAUGCUGCAAUGGCCCCAUUGGAUGCAUAGACCAAAUAUAUGUGCAUGCCAAAAGUAAAUGUUUCAUAGUCACUAAGAUCGGAUUACUUCAAGGCAAUGGCAGCCAUCUUGGACACCAUCUUGUUUUUCAAAUUUAAUGUUAUAAGCCUCAUGAAAAUAAUAGAUAAUGGAAAUGAUAUUUUCAUAUAACCAUAUGCACGUAACAACAAUUGGUGUUACAAAUUUCUCACUCUUCCAAUUCUGUACAAGUAUCUAUAUGCUGUAUCUCAAGAACCGUAAUGGAUACAGAGAUGUACUAGGUACCAAAAUGUCUGCAAUACACAACUUUAUAUUCAACUUCAAUAUAUGUAUGGGGCUUAAAAUCAAGGCAUUUUGAGUUAUAAAGGAAAAACCACAUUUUUGAGGCGGACAUCUUGGAUUUUGGGGCCGCCAUCUUAGAAUUUUGCGUGGCUAACGUUAUUUUUGAAAAGAGUGGGGUUUGACGAGUAUAUGUACCAAAUUUCAUGCUUGUAUAACAAAGUGAACGAUUCGGGCUAUAUUAUGCAUUUGUCUGCUCUACUACUAGGGACAGUCAGAAGGUCAGAGGAUCUGAGAGUCGGAGAUGAAAUAUUGAGUUUUAAAAGGUCAGAGAGAUAAAAAGGAGAAAACCCGUUUUAAUAAGAUUUAAAAGUUAAAAAUAACAUUUUAAAAUCAAUCCUAAAACAGGAAGUCAGAGGAGAGAGAAUCGGGGAAAUGUGGUCAAAUAUAAAACGACCAGAUAAAACAGGAUGAAGAUCGGCUGACGCUAAAAUAAGGUGCAUUUUAAUAAUUAAGACGAGUUUUGAUAAAAGGAAGAAAAACCUUCUUAAAAUCACGAAAAGACUCGACUUUGUUUAAAAGAUGAUAAAAACUUUCAAAACUCUGUCCUGAUAACCUCCAGAGAGAAACCGUGAAAACGCACCAUCAUCGUCGCUGCACCGUCGUCACCGCUGCACCAUCGUCAUCGCUGCACCGUAGUCGUCGCUGCACCGUCGUCAUCGCUGCACCGCCGUCAUCACUGCACCGUCGUCAUCGCUGCACCAUCAUCGUCGCUGCACCGUCGUCACCGCUGCACCAUCAUCGUCGCUGCACCGUCGUCACCGCUGCACCAUCGUCAUCGCUGCACCGUCAUCGUCGCUGCACCGCCGUCAUCGCUGCACCAUCGUCAUCGCUACACCCUCAUCAUCAUUGCACCGUCGUCAUCGCUGCACCAUCAUCGCCGCACCGUCGUUGUCGCCGCACCGUCGUCGUCGCUGCACCGUCAUCAUCACUGCACCAUUGUUGUCGCUGCACCAUCGUCACCGCUGCACCAUCAUUGUCGCUGCACCGUGGUCGUCGCUGCACCGUCGUCAUCGCUGCACCAUCGUUGUCGCUGCACCGUCGUCGUCGCUGCACCGGUGCAGGUUAUUUUAAACUGGUUUUCUUUCUUUGACGCUGUCCGCCCCCCUCCCUGGUGCACCGUCAGAUCUGCACCCACACUGGACCAAUCCCAUCAUGCGGUUGUUGUUUCCCACGGUGACAGGCGUCCUCGGCGGCGGCCCACCUUUCAUGGCGGCGGCUGUGAGAAGUCUCGUGCACGGCCUCUGAGCUGCACCGGCGUGUUUGCGCUGGGAUUACCAGACUUUGGUUUGUUGGCGGGGGGAGUGUAAAGGUAGCCAUGGGGAGGACCCCCCGCAGACCAGGAAUGCUGGUCAGGUCAAGGGAGGAGGGGGGAGACAGGGGGAGACGGGGGGACACACUCACUCAGGGAUGGGGGGGGGGGGCUCAGGGAUGGGGCAGCAGGUGCUUUUGUGAGUCCUGUCAGCCUUCAAAGGAGCAGAAAAGGUCAGCAGAGAAGAAUAAUCCCCCCUCACCCCAAACCUCCCCCCUCUCCUCACCCCCAUCCCAAACCUUCCCUUCCCUCGUCUGCUGUGAGUUAUUAGUGAACUCAGAGACGUGUCGGUGCACAAUGCACCAAAAAAUGCACCUUACUUUGACAUAAGUUUUAAAAAAAGAUGAAGAAAAAAAGGAAAGACAAUGAUUCUAAAAUGCGCCGUCUUCCACGCUCCCAAACAGAACCAAAGUUUUAGGCAAUGAGGAAAAUGUAAAAAACGCACCAAAAAAAAUGCACCAAAGCGCAAGAACGCACCGAUGAUCUUGAUAAAUUUAAGUUUGUCAUUAUCUUAGAAACAUCUUGAAAAGUGCGCCACCUAACAAAGAAAAGGACUUUAUAACGCACCAUAAGUUCCUCCCUGAUGAAGAAAAAAUCACUAAAAUGCGCCGACAUUGUUUUGAAAAAGGCAACAAUGACGAUAAGAACAUCCUGUUACAAAAGUCACGAUUUGAACUGGAUUCUAAGAUGGGGCUCGUCACCAACGAAGUCCGAUAAACUUUCACGACUUAAUUUUCGAGGACUGAGAAAACUCAGAAAUGCACCAUGUCUAUGAAAAAUGCACCAUCCUUUAAAAAGAAACAGACGCUAGUCACAAAGUAAGAAAAAUUAUCAAGACCAAAUCCAGCGCUAACAUCGUGUUUGUUUCGAGUCUGAACAACGCACCACCCUUUAUCGUCAGUGUGAAGCUAAAUCUUAGCGUUAGAUUAGGCUAUGCUGAAAGCUAACGUCCUAACGUGUGCACACUCCGACAACUUACCUUUAACUUACCCUUAACGCAUCGCCGACAACUGCUCUGUUGACGGCGAUGCGUUAUGGGUCAUCACUUUGUGUGUGUAAAUCUGAUACACGACCACGGAAACGCUCCGACAAGCUAAUAGGCGAAUACGCUAACAAGCUAAUGCUAACUGAGUCUUCAGAUGGACACAGAAUGACAUUCAAAUCCAGAGGGUUAAUCCAGGAAGUAUCAGGAUUAUUGAUCAGGGCUGGAUUAUUGAUCCUUAGGUGUACGUUCUGAUCAGUCUUGUAAAGAUGAAGUUUCACUAAUUUAAAUCUUUUAAUUCUGACUUUUGAUCUGGGCUUUUAUUCUGAAAGGGUCUGUUAAUGUAAAGUGUUCCUCUUCCUGUUCAGACUGAGGUCGUGUGUUUUGGUGGUGAUGUUGACAUGGGGGGGGGGGUAACCUCCGUGUGAUCGUGGGGAUGAGGUGGGUAAGGUUGGGGGGUGUCCAGGUUGCGUCAUGUGACCCGGGGUGUCCCCCUUUUGUGCCGCCUGUCAAACGUGGUUAACAUGCGACCAUUUAUCUCCUGAAGCCCCCCCCCCCCCCCCCCCGAGCACACAAUGGUCUGGGGGGGGGGGGGGCUUUAGUUGCCCCCCCCCCCCCUUUCUUUGCCCCACUCUCUCUCUCUCUCCCUCUCUCUCUCUCUGUCUCUCUCUCUCUCUCUCUCUCUCUCUCUCUCUCUCCCUCUCUCCCUCUCUCUCUGUCUCUCUCUCCUCUCUCUCUCUCUCUGUCUCUCUCUCUCUCUCUCUCUCCCUCUCUCUCCGUCAUCCUGAGGGGGGAGGAGAAAGGGGUGAGGAGGGGUCCUGUCAUUGUCCAGCGCCGCUGACAGACAUGUUGGACCCUGUGAAUUUGUCGCACUGAGCGUGCUCAGGGGCGUCACCGCGGAAACAAUGAGCAAUUUGUGUUUUGUGUGCAUGUGGGUCACUUCACGGACGACUUCGAUGUAACGUGAACGACCGAACAAAAAGAUCGGAUUUAACGAGAAAUCAGAACUGUGGAUCAGAACCUGCAGAGAGAACGUCGCCUUAGUUUGUGUCUGAGAGGAUCCCUGUGACCCGGACUCUUCAGUCAGACGGGUUCAGGUUCUGAAGGGUUCAGGUUUUAAAAGGUUCAGGUUUUAAAAGGUUCAGGUUCUGACGGGCUCAGGUUCUGACGGGUUCAGGUUUUAAAAGGUUCAGGUUCUGACGGGCUCAGGUUCUGACGGGUUCAGGUUCUGACGGGUUCAGGUUUUAAAAGGUUCAGGUUCUGACGGGUUCAGGUUCUGACGUGUUCAGGUUCUGACAGGUUCAGGUUCUGACGGGUUCAGGUUCUGAAGGGUUCAGGUUUUAAAAGGUUCAGGUUCUGACGGUUUCAGGUUUUAAAAGGUUCAGGUUCUUGUUUGGACCUGUGUCUCUCUGAGUUCUGGUCCAGUAUGUCAGUUGAGACAGUGAGCAGCUCAGCGGAUCAGCGGCGUGUUCUGGUUCUAACAUGGCGGAUAACCCCCCCCCCCUCUGUAAUUGAUUCGUUUGCAGUGGUGGGGGGGGGGGGGCUCAGCAGAACCCGGUUUAGGUAACAGGCGGCCCAGAAUCCGCCGAGUCCAUGUGUCAAUUUUAUUACAUCAGUCCAGAUGAACCUGAAAGAGCGGCUUUGUGUCUGCCGCCACCGCCACCGCCACGCUCUGAAUGGAGGUCACUGUGUGUGUGUGUGUGUGUGUGAGUGUGUGUGUGUGUGUGUGUGUGUGAGUGUGUGUGUGUGUGUGUGUGAGUGUGUGUGUGAGUGUGUGAUCAAUAUGACACAGAUGAAGUUCACACAUGGAUGACAGCAGUGAUGAAGAUGAUGAUGAUGAUGAUGUGACAGGGGAGCAGGAGAAAUCGGGUCGGUCGAUACCGGGCUCAGAAUCGGGUCAGUCAGGGUCAAACAUGGAGGUCAAACAUGUUCAAAUGUGUCUGACAACACGCUAACAACACGCUAACAACACGCCACACAGAGACGCACGCUAACCUUCGCCUCUGAUUGGCUGUGAAACAUCAUCACACACUGAAGCCGAGCGCGGGCUGUCGGCUCUGAACGUCGGACAGAACAUCAUCGUACUUCUGCACCCAACCAUAGCACUUUAACAGGUGAAGCCGACAGCACUGUUGGUGAGAAACAAAGAAAAUGAGUGCUACCCCCGACAGAAAUGACCAUGAAGGCUCAACAGAUGACUACGACCACAAUGACUACCAUGACGACCACGACGUCGACCACGACGACGACCACGACCACGAUGACGACCACGACGACGACCACAACGACGACCACGAUGACGACCACGACGUCGACCACGACCACGACCACGACCACGAUGACGACCAUGACGACGACACUGUUUACGUCAUGUUUAAGAUUGACAGCUGAAAGUUUUAUAUCGGGAUAUUUAUCGGUUUCGACCGAUAUGAUAAAUAUUUAUUGUGAUAAUUUAUCGCCGAUAUCGCCCCGCCCUGGUGCUAAGCUAGGCUAACAGUCCAGACCCCCCCCCCGGUUGGGGUGACAGUGGGGGGGUCGGGGGUGUCGGGGGUGGACAGGGUCUUCACGUUGAUGUCUCAGGGUGUCUCUGUCUUGGGGGGUCAGUCCGGACCCUGAUCACAGACCCGGCAGCUGUCGGCCAUCUUUGUUUGAGGAAGAGUCCCUGUUCUGGGGGGGGGGGCGUCCCUCAGAUCUGGGUUAAAUGUAAAUCGAUCGACGCUGUGAGGACCAUAAUUACAGACCCCCCUCUGUUCAGCAGACCAGAAGAGAAUCCAUGAGACCUGGGGGGGGGGGGGGGGGGUAGACCACAACGACAGACAAAGGACGGGGGGGGGGGGGGGGGUAACCACGGUGACGAACUCAUGACAACAACCAACCAACUGAGGAUUAGACUCUGUACUAAAGGGGGACCAGGACCAGAACCAGGACUGGGUGGUCCUGAUCUUCAGGUCUCUGGAGUGGGAAUCACCGCAUGGACUCAGAACCUCUUUAAAAACCAGAACCAGAACCCCCAGAGACUUCACCGGACCUGAGUCCAUUUAAGGUGGACUGAGGGGACCAGGAGACCUGUCAGAUCCAAGUCCAAGUCCAGGUCAGAUCUGAGAAGGAGAGGAGAGCCCAGAACCUGAAGGUGGACCCGUAGGUGGACCCGUAGGUGGACCCGAAGGUGGACCCGGAGGUGGACCCGGAGGUGGACCUGAAGGUGGACCUGAAGUUGGACCUGAAGGAGGUUUUUCAGAGACGACAGACGAGUGAGAGAAAAAUCAACGAAGGUUCGACUUCAAGAUAAAGACCGAAGAAAAAGAGAGGAGAGGAGGAGGAGAGGAGGAGGAGAAGAGGAGGAGGAGAGGAGAGGAGGAGAGGAGAGGAGGAGGAGGAGAUGAGGAGGAGAGGAGGAGAAGAGGAGAGGAGGAGAGGAGAGGAAGAGGAGAGGAGGAGGAGAAGAGGAAGAGGAGGAGGAGAAGAGGAGGAGAGGAAGAGGAGGAGGAGAGGAGAGGAGGAGGAGGAGAAGAGGAGGAGGAGAAGGAGAGGAAGAGGAGGAGGAGAGGAGGAGGAGAAGAGGAGGAGAAGAGGAGGAGGAGGAGGAGGAGGAAGAGGAGGAGGAGGAGAGGAGGAGGAGGAGGAGGAGGAGAGAGGAGGAGGAGAGGAGGAGAAGAGGAGGAGAAGAGGAAGAGGAGGAGAGGAGGAGAGGAUAGGAGAGGAGGAGGAGGAGGAGAAGAGGAGGAGGAGGAAGAGGAGGAGAGGAGGAGGAGGCGUGAAGAUUUGUGAAAAUCUGAAACUUUAAAAGAAGAAAAUUAAAAAUCAGAUUUUUUAUCAAAAACAUUUUCAGUUUUUCAAACAUGUGAAAUUCAAACCCUGAACACGUGUGUGUGUUAGUGUGUGUGUGUGUGUGUGUGUGUGUGUGUGUGUGUUUGUGUGUGUGUGUGUGUGUGUGUGUGUGUGUGUGAAAAGUCUGUCUGUAAAGGGGGCGGGGCUUGUUCAACCACGGCGUCAUUCAGCUGUUCUCACCUGUCGAGUCGCUCAUGAUGAUCGUCUCAUUUCUUCUCAACUAACUUUUUUUUUCUCCUUCUUCCCCUCGGUGCACCUCCUCGCUCACCCGACUCCCUCACCACGGCUCACCCCGCCUCACCCCCGCCUCGCUCGCCCCGCUCGCUCUGAAGCAGGUAAGAGAGCAGACGAGAUAAAAACUUCCUCUUUUUUGUGUCGACACUGAAGUCUUCCUCAGUCUGAGUCAGUUCCCUCUGCUGUAAUCUGCUGACAGCAUGUUUACACACACACACACACACACACACACACACACACACACACGUACACACCUUCCCUUCAUGCCCUCACACUCUUUUAUUUCUUCUUUCACACUUCCCUCUUCUCGAACAUCACCUCCUCCUCCUUCUUCUUUCUCAAAGAGUCUGAAAGUUUAGAUGAGGACUGACGCUUUAUUUUGAAAAUUCAGUCUGGUGUUUUAUUUUGAAAAUUCAGUCUGGUGUUUUACUUUGAAAAUUCAGUCUGGUGUUUUAUUUUGAAAAUUCAGUCUGACGCUUUAUUUUGAAAAUUCAGUCUGGUGUUUUAUUUUGAAAUCUAAACUCUCUGGUUGUGUCCUGAAUGAACUCUGACCUCCAUGUGGAGUUUCUCUGUCGUGAAGCUCAGUCUCUGCAGGUUUUCCUGAUCACUAACGUCUCGGUGGUCUGUCGUCUCUGUCGUCUCUGUCGUCUCUUUAGUCCAGGGGUGUCAAAGUCAAAUGGACGGAGGGCCAAAUAAAAAAUUUAGCUACAAGCCGAGGGCUGGACUGAUCGAAUGUUCAUUGAAAAUUUUUUAAAUGACGCAUAUAGUCUAGUGAACCUAACUGAACCUACUGAAAACCUAACAAAUAUAUUCCAAUAUGAUCAGAUAAAUAAAGCAAUAUUUUCUUCUGGCUCUGUCAGUAAUCUUUAAUUUUCAACAGACACAAAAGACAAAUUUCCUUUAUAUAAAAAUCCCCAUAACAUGAACAUUAAAUGAAAGAAACCGGUAUUAUUCAAGGCACCAUCAGUAGCCUAUAUUUUCUAUUUUAGCAAAAGUGGGCUAAAUUUACUUCAAAGAAAAAAAUAAUAAUAGCAAUUUUCUAUCAUCCACUCAACUGAAAUAUUUUUAAAACAUAAUUGGAUUGAAAUACAAUAAAAUAAAGUACAAAAAUCCGCGUGUUUCGUUUCAUAAUGUCGUCUCAGAUUAUACUCUUUCAGUACCGCCACACUUUCUCCACACAGAAGACACACAGGUUUUCCAGCUACCUCCGUGAACAUAUACUCCGACUCCCACCUUGUUUGAAACCCCCGGUUCUCAGUGUCCACCUUCUGUUUUGCCAUUUUUGAUGGGUAUCUGAAAGUUAAUUUUACUGUUAUGCUGACGACUGCUGUGCUAAUAAAUAUUGAAAUGAAGCAGCCUACUGCUCGGUGUGUCACCGUUGCAUUGUGGGAAAUGUAGUAUUUGUGCGUGUAAAAGAUCUGCGGGCUGCCGGCUUGCUGCGGUCUGCGGGCCGGUUCUAAUAAUAAAUCAAGAUCAUCCCAGGGGCCGUAAAAAACCUUCUCGCGGGCCGGAUGUGGCCCGUGGGCCUUGACUCUGACAUAUGUGCUUUAGUCUCUUUAGACUCCGCCCCCCUCCAUGUUCAGGACCGCUUACUUACUUGUCCUUCCUCCCGUUCAGCGACUGUAAUAACCGUCGUUCUCGCCGACAUGAAACGCUUCAAUCAGGGACUGUCCCCAGAAAUCAGGGACGUCCGGUCAUCUUACUUCAAAAUGGCGUCAGUGCCCGUAUAGACCCCCUAUAGAGGGUUAGGGAUCCACUGAACACACAGUCCUGAUCCGGUUCUGAAGUCCUGAUCCGGUUCUGAAGUCCUGAUCCGGUUCUGAAGUCCGGACUCUGAUUCUUCAAUCAGUGAUUUAUGCCAACAAAACAAACAACUGACUACAACACACACACACACACACACACACACACACACAGACACACACACACUAACACACACACACACACACACACACACACACACACACACACACACACACACACACAGCCAAACCCUCAUAGCUCAGUGACCUCGUGGUCACAUUCCUGCAGGUUUCUGAAGGGAGGGGUUCAGUGUGUGUGUGUGUGUGUGUGUGUGUGUGUGUGUGUGUGUCUGUGUCUGUGUGUGUUUGUGUGUGUGUCUGUGUGUGUGUGUGUGUGUGUGUGUGUCAGGGUGUGAAGUCUAAAGCAGGGAUGGCAGCAUGAGUCAGGAAUGAGCGACGACAGGAACUGUUUAUAUCAGGACAUCAGAAACACACACACUAAUACACAAUAACACACUAACACACAAUAACACACAAUAACACACAAUAACACACUAAUACACAAUAACACACUAACACACACUAACACAAUAACACACAAUAACACACUUAUACACAAUAACACACUAACACACAAUAACACACAAUAACACACUAAUACACAAUAACACACACACAAUAACACACUAACACACAAUAACACACAGAACUAAAAUCAGGGUCAGUGUGUGUGUGUUAGUGUGUGUAUUUUGUGUGUGUCUUGUGUGAGGAGGAGAAACUCGUUCAGAUGGUGGUUUCUUCUCUCGUCUUCAUGUUUAAAUGACUGAGUGAGUUCAGGUGUUAAUAAAGAGUUCAUGUGUUCACACCUGGAGAAGAAGACUGAGAGAGCAAGAACACACACACACACAGACACACACACACAAACACACACACAGAUCUAGAGUGAUCUGGUUUGAGGAGCAGGACUCCUGUCUGAAGAUGAUGAAGAUGAUGAUGAAGGUGAUGAUGAAGAUGAUGAUGAUGAAGAUGAUGAUGAAGGUGGUUCCUGGUUGUUUGUCUGUGGUUCAAACUUCCUGUUAUGUUAACCUGUAAUGUAUUAUUGAUUUCUGAUUGGCUCAGAGGUGGUUUCUGUCUUCUUCUUCUGUGGUGUUUUAGUGUGCGGUCAGCAGGAAACAGCUGAUGAGUUUACUGGAAGAGAGAGAGAGAGAGGGAGAGAGAGAGAGAGAGAGAGAGAGAGAGAGAGAGAGAGAGAGGGAGAGAGAGAGAGAGAGGGAGUGAGAGAGGGAGAGAGAGGGGAGGGCGAGUGAGAGAGAGAGAGAGAGAGAGAGAGAGAGAGAGAGGAGAGAGAGAGAGAGAGAGAGUGAGAGAGAGAGAGAGAGGAGGGCGAGUGAGAGAGAGAGAGGGAGAUAGAGGGGAGGGCGAGUGAGAGAGAGAGAGAGGGAGAGAGAGAGAGAGAGAGAGAGAGGAGGGCGAGUGAGAGAGAGAGAGAGAGAGAGGAGGGCGAGCGAAUCUGAUCUCUGAUCAGUUUUCUGACUGAUCAAUAUCUGAGAGUCACAUCAGACCUUCAGUUUCUUUAACAGUGAAACUGACUGAUCUGAUCAUCAAAGUUCAUCAAUAAUCAAUACAGAAAAACGUGUGUGUGUGUGUGUGUGUGUGGAUGAGUCAGCAGUUUUAAGCUCCUUUCACACCUUUUUUUUAUCUUCCUAUUAUUUCAGACGUCAGUAUUUUUUAUCCUGUCAGUACAAUCGUCACAUCAGCGACGUUUUCCCGUCCUGCGAUAUUUCGGAUCACGGUCAAUUUUUCUAAAGUUUCUCAGACUGUGUGUCCACUUCUGACCAAUCAGAUUCAGCGGUAUAUCCAACAUGGCCGACCGUCUGGUUGUUUCGGUGUCGGAGAACAGAGUGAUUUUUGAUAAAGACACAAACAUUACAAAGAGAACGACCUGAAGGACGACUUGUGGAGACGAUGGUUUGUGAGCUUUAACAGUUUGAUAAACGUCUUUGUUUGAACCUUCAUCUGUGCUAACGUAAGCUAACGGUUGUUACCAUGGUUACAUGUGUUUAUCUGGUACUAACCCCGACUCAGUACAUGCUAUCAUGACAGACAGACAUCUCAACACUAAGGUCCCGCCCUCCUUCACCUCUGAUUGGCUACAAGUGCUGACCUUGAGUGUGUGAUGACCUUUCCAGCUUUUCUAGCCAAUCAGAGGUGUUUCACGUUCUUCAUUCGUGUCGGCCCCGGUGUGUAAGGACCUUUAACGUGAGGGUUCGAUGUCUCUGAUGGUUUCAAACAAAAGGAAGAAAAAACCUGAACUACAGGUUCAAAAAAAAAAAAAAAAAAAAAAAAAAAUUAAUAAUAAUAAUAAUAAUAAUAACAAUAAUAAUAAUAAUGAUAAUAAUAAUAAUAAUAAUAAUAAUAAUAAUAACAAUAAUAAUGAUAAUAAUAAUAAUAAUGAUAAUAAUAAUAAUAAUAAUAACAAUAAUAAUAUUAUUAUUAUUAACAAUAAUAAUAAUAAUAAUAAUAAUAAUAAUAAUAAUGAUAAUAAUAAUAAUGAUAAUAAUAAUAAUUAUAAUAAUAAUAACAAUAAUGAUAAUAAUAAUAAUAAUAAUAAUAAUAAUAAUAAUAAUAAUAAUAAUAAUAAUAAUAAUAAUAAUAACAAUAAAAAUAAUAAUAAUAAUAAUAAUAAUAAUAAUAAUAAUAAUAAUAAUAAUAAUAAUAAUAAUAAUAAUAAUAAUAAUAAUAAUAAUAAUAGUGAUAAUAAUUUUAAUAAUAAUAAUAAUAAUAAUAAUAAUGAUAAUAAUAAUAAUAAUAAUGAUAAUAAUAAUAAUAAUCAUUAUUAUUAUUAUUAUUAUAAUAAUCAUCAUCAUCAUAAAUCACAGCUCAGUCUCAGUCUGCUUAAAAAAAUCCCGCCUCCUCUACAUCGAAGAAACGGCCAAUCAUCUCAGGUCACACCCUCCGCCUUCAUCACUGGAAAACCUUUUCAAAGAUGUCCGCCACAGACGGGCGGUGUGGGCGGGGUUAUUCUUUCUCUCCUGCUGUUCAGAAUGACGAUGAAGAUGUUUGGAUUUCAGGCGAUAAAAUGAAAUGAAUUAAUUAAACCUGACGUGUUUUUGUCACAACGACCAAUCAAAACAGCCCAAUCUGCUCUGACCAAUAAGAGGCCAGAAUAACCGAGUCCUGACCCGGUCUGACUGAGUCUGGGGUUCUGAGGGUCUCUGCAGGUCCCUGAGGGUCUCUGAAGGUCUCUGAAGGUCUCUGAAGGUCU